GGGUGAUAUGACACCACCACACACUCAAUCUGGUAGGGAGGAGAGGGAGUUGCACAACAAAAGCCAGGAAUGCAAGCAAGGAAACGAAGCUAUUAUUUUGAUUUCUGAAUGAACUGAGUGACUACGUUAAAAAGUUGGCAAAACGUAUGGCUUCAUGCAGGGAGUCAUAUUGGACUUUCACAUAAUGGGCUGAGACUUUCACAGUUUAUUUUUGGCGUCCAUCUGCUUACCUCUGACGGAUCUCUUUUAGCUGCUCCUCCACAACAGGAAACUUGUUGAAUCUGAGGCUCAACGUGAUUGGCUACAUGCCACUGAGGCCGUGGUGAGGGAGGUUCGUGGGUUACCGAGAACAUUUAGAACCUAAGGAUGGCGGAGCACCUCCACAGCAGCACGCUGUCUGCGUCUGGGGCCACUCAGCCCAUCCCUUUUCUCACCCUUGAGCAAAAGGCAGCUUUCGUCUUUGUGUUGCUCCUCUUCAUUUUCCUGGGCUUGCUUAUUGUGCGAUGUUUCCGUAUUCUGCUGGACCCCUACAGCAGCAUGCCUUCUUCCACAUGGACAGACUAUAUGGAGAAAGACACAUUUGACUACCGCAUCGCCUGAGGGACUGUCUGGGAUUCAUGUGGACCGAUGCCACAUGAUGGCUACCUCACAGUCUCCAACACAGAUUCGAAUAACAUUCCCAUGCCAGUGGUGUACAUAUGGUGGCAUGAAGUCUCUGAAAAAAAAAAACAUGUUCUAUGAUACAUUUCUUCCAUUUAUUCUUAUGGGAUAAUUUACUGCCAAUACCUCACAUAUUACACCACAGUUGAUAAGUGAUGUCACAUCCAGGGUUCCUGACAAGUAUUAGCGAUGACACACCCGAGGCUAAAACUAGCCAAUUACCUGUCAUUAACAGUUUGGGUGAGCUAUUUAGCUCAUGUUGAUGCAGUGUAAAUUAUUAAUUCUCACAAUGAGGGUAAAUCCUUUACUUAAUUUACUACUCCACUACCUAGAUCUAAAAGUGCUUUGGAUUAGGAAUCGUAAAAUCUCAUUGUUGAGAAAGUUCUGAGCUUUUGGCCUUAUGAUUCAGUGUGUUUACAGAGCUGCCAGAAAAAACUGGCCUCAUUGUUAUUAAGCUAAAUGUCAAUCAAUGUAAUGACCAAGCAGCCUUCUUAGGCAACUGGAUGAGAGCUUUGACAAGUUCCUCCUCUUUCUCACUCUCUUUCUGUCUUUUUCUCUCUGCAGUGUUCUUUAAUAGGGUGUGUCUGAUGUGGUGCAUAAUGUUCAACAGUAUUUUCUAAUUACAGAAAUGAACUGUUCAUUCAAAUGGUGUGAAUUUCCUGUUGUGCACUACUACCGGUGCAUUAUUGAUUUUGCAAAUGCUCUGGUUGCAAAGCUGUGAUUAGCUUAAGUACAUGUUUUUAAAAGAGAUCCAGCUCACUUAAACAAGAAAUGUGUCUAUGAUGUGCAAAAGAUAUCAAUUGCCAUUUCAGUGCCUGUUUUUAUUUAACUCUACUACCUGCUAUUGAUUUAUAGUCUGUAUAGUUGAGAUUGCUCUGUUUGAAACUGUCAUUGGAGGCAGUUAUUGUCACAGCACAUUAAGCUUUAGCAUCAGGAGUUACUGUAGUCAGUCAUUACAAUGCACAUUGUGAGUGUGUGUGUGUGUGUGUGUGCGUGUGUGUGUGUGUGUGUGUGUGUGUGUGUGUGUGUGUGUGUGUGUGUGUGUGUGUGUGUGUGUGUGUGGGGUGUUUGAUAUAUUAGGUACUUAAUACUGAGACACUCUCCAGUAAGACCAUGUGCCAUGUGGUUCACAAAUAGGUCUUGCAUUUGAUGUGCUUUUUAUAAUUGUUUCCAAAUAAAGAUAAAUGUAUUUCUCCCUAGUUACGGAAUGAUACGAUUGAGAAGUCAAAUUAUUUGCUAUCUUACAUGUAAUAUAGGCAGGGACUCUUCUACAUUCUAGAGAUUUUUAAAAACAUAAUAUUUUCAGAUGCUUACAGAAAGUUUAGUCUUUUUUAUUACACAUAUCUAUGAUUU